AAUCCAUCACCCUAAACAUAACAAACAGAAUGAGAUUUCUCACUUUCUGCUUCUUCUCUCUCUUCCUCUCAGUUUUCCCUUUGUUCACUUCCUCUGCUUUGUUAUUUCAGGGGUUCAACUGGGAGUCAUGUAAUCAGGCAGGAGGAUGGUACAACACACUAAAGAACUUAGUUCCUGAUUUGGCUAAUGCUGGAAUUACUCAUGUCUGGCUUCCUCCAGCCUCUCAGUCAGUUGCACCGCAAGAAGACAUAAUACACCCUCUACUUAAAUUUCUUCUAGGAUAUAUGCCAGGCAGGCUUUAUGAUCUGAGUGCAUCAAAAUAUGGAUCUCAGGGUGAAUUGAAAUCACUAAUUGGGGCUUUCCAUCAGAAGGGAAUUAAAUGCCUGGCAGACAUUGUCAUAAACCAUAGAACUGCUGAGAAGCAAGAUGGGAGAGGAAUAUGGUGCAUUUUUGAAGGUGGAACUUCUGAUGAUCGCCUUGACUGGGGGCCGUCCCUCAUUUGCAGUGAUGACACUGCCUAUUCUGAUGGCAAAGGAAAUCCUGAUACAGGAGGUGACUUUGGAGGUGCCCCUGAUAUUGACCACCUCAAUCCUAGAGUUCAGAAGGAGUUAUCAGAUUGGAUGAACUGGUUAAAGUCUGAAAUAGGAUUUGAUGGAUGGCGAUUCGACUUUGUUAGGGGAUAUGCUCCUAGCAUUACCAAAAUUUAUAUGAAAAAUACUUCACCAGAUUUUGCAGUUGGUGAAAAAUGGGACUCUCUUGCUUAUGGCCAGGAUGGAAAGCCUGUCUAUAACCAGGAUGCGCACCGUGGUGGACUAAAAGAUUGGAUUCAAGCAGCUGGUGGUGCUGUCACAGCAUUUGAUUUUACAACAAAAGGGAUACUUCAAGCUGCUGUCCAAGGAGAGUUAUGGAGGUUGAAGGACUCAAAUGGAAAGCCACCAGGAUUGAUUGGCCUGUUGCCACAAAAUGCUGUGACUUUCAUUGACAAUCAUGACACCGGGUCUACUCAAAAGCUUUGGCCAUUUCCAUCAGAUAAAGUCAUGCAGGGAUAUGCCUACAUUCUCACUCAUCCUGGGACCCCAUCCAUUUUUUAUGAUCACUUUUUUGACUGGGGCCUAAAGACAGAAAUUGGCAAAUUGACAACAAUUAGGAGAACUUCUGGGAUUGGUUCUGCAAGCACUGUGAAUAUUUUAGCCUCUGAUGCUGAUCUUUAUGUGGCAGCAAUCGAUGGUAACGUGAUCAUGAAGAUUGGACCUAAGAUGGAUCUUGGAAACCUUAUUCCCUCAAACUUCCAGGUUGCUGCAUCUGGAGCAGAUUAUUGUGUGUGGGUAAAACAGUAAAUACCAGGAUACCGUAGCUACAUAUGUAUCAAACUGCUUACAAGAAUAAUUCGUUGUGGACAACGAAGAAUUAAUUUUUGCAUGAUCUUAAGGUGUCUCUGCUUCA